UUGAAUGGAGUAUAAUAUAUUACAAACUGAGAAGUAAAUAUGUUGAUGACAGCGUAUUGUCAUCAAUGUAGAAGCAGUGUGUUGUCUUAAUGUUGCAAAUAAAACUCAAUUGGACCAAGAUGUAAUGCAAAGUAUGAUUUUUUUCGUUGCAAGCAGUUUCCUCAGUUAAUUAUGCUGUCGAAACCAAUAUUUUUUUUUGUCAAAAGAAUGCCACGCUCUUCGAGUCAGCCCAUUUAUCAAAGUAUUUAACAUUUUUCUGUGUUUUUUUUUUUUUGUGAGAACUGAGAAUAGAGAAAACGACAUGCUAUGGACAGCGUGUCUCUCAGGAGGCGUGUCAGAAAGAUUACGCAACGUCUUUAAGCUUCACGGAACAAUAAAAGAAAAACGAAUUAUCCUCGUGCGUGUUUUUCUGCUUAUUGCACAGUAGUCUUGCUUUUAUCGUCUAUAGAGGCGUUUUUGAAUGAGAAUCUUUGAAUACAAUUUUAACGACCAUUGAACGGCAUGUCCUGAUUUGCGAUGGACAAGUAAACAAGCGGUGUCUAUGAAACACACGUCGACGAGUCGAAAGAGAGCAGCAUUAAGGCCAACGACUUCUUUGGGAUGUUUGCGAUAAUGUCCUUCCAGAGGAUCCGGCGAUUGAGGGUUUUGAAGUUCCUUUGGUUGGAUAGUUGGAUUCAAAAGAACAUUCCUCCAUUGACACCACUCUGCACCAAAGCCCAUCAUGUAAACAAGCCUAUCAGAUACACAAGUAUAAAGAAAGCGAAACCAAAAACUAUAAUCGAUAUUGCCAAAUUACUACAGCAAAAGGCCAAGGAGACCAAAGAGAAGAAACAAUUAGUGUUCACUGCUUCUGCACUGAAAGCUGCUGCUAGUCCAACCAAACCCACUGCUACAGCACAUAAACUGAUGGACCAGAGUGAUGCCAAAGAAAGUAUGAUUUCAAAUGCAAAAGUUCAAACUUCUACCAGCACCCAUCUUACAAAAGAUGCUGUGGAUAGUUAUACAGCAAGUCUGCAUAAUAAGGCAUACACUGAAAUGUUGAAUACAAAAUAUGCUGUUGAAUCAUCCACGAUUAAUGCUCCACAAGAGGCUUCAGCUCAAGGAGAGAUGAAUAUAAAUAUCAGUCAAGUUUCUGAACUAUCUUCAACAAACCCCUCAGAAGUCAUUCCAUCUUCUGCCUCUGAAGAACAUGCAGGAGAAACUGAUGGGACAGUUUACAUGCCUGAUGUUAUGGUGACUUCCAAAGGGAUAGCAUCUCCCGAAGCUUCAUCUGCACAUGAGAACGGUCAUCUGCAGGAGUUUUCUGAUGUUUCAGAAGUGGUUGCAGUAACCGAUGCAUCACCUUUGGUAAACUCCUCACAGCCUCAAUCCACUCAAUUUCAAGACUUUCUAGCUGCCACUUGGUCUUCACGUGUCAAAGCAGACAAACCAUCUUCUGGCCAAGAGAUCAUCACUCAGGCACUUGUGUCUUUUCCAGAUGGCACAGCUAACUCCAUACUAGAUAUUUCCAGUGCUGAAGCUGUGGCUGUCGCCUCCGGUGAAGUUCCAACCCUUGGAGAAGUUUGUCAUGAAGAAGCCAUUCAAGUCUCUUCACCUCAAUCAACUGAGCAUCUCUCUGUUGUUGAGACCACAUCUGCUUCUCUAAGUAAAGCUGUAGAUGCUAUGUCAGAGAUGUCUGGCGAUGCUCAAAGAUCUAUCCAUCUAACGGACCCGAUUCUAGUGCAGACUGAGGUUUUAGAGGAAGAGGCAACUGAAGAGUUAACUGAGGCACAGCUGGAUCCAGUACAGAAACUCUUUCUCGAGAAGAUAAGGGAAUACUCCACAAAGAGCCAAGCCUAUGGUGGCCCUGUAGAUGCUGGACCAGAAUAUGAGACAGCUUUUAGUGAAGAACUUAACAAACUCCAGAGACUGUAUGGGAGUGGAGACUUAACCGAGUUCCCAGAAUUUAAGUUCUCUGAGCCUGAACUGGAUGAAAGCAGCUCAAAAUGAAAAGCUCACAGAAGCAAGCCACUGAAUUACGUCAGUUUAUAAAUAACUGAAUUAUUUGCGGUUACAAGAGGGAAAGCAAGAAAAAAAAUAAAGUAGUUGGAACGUUA